AUGUCGUCGUCCAGGCCGUCGCCGACCGAGAACUGGGAGCGGCUCGUGCGUGUGGUUCUCAAGUCGUCCAGGCCGCCGUCGCCGACCGAGAACUGGGAGCGGCUCGUGCGUGCGGCUCUCAAGCGUGACCGCACCGAGCUUGACACCAAGGUGCCGUACUCCGAUCGGAGGGCCACCACAUGCAAGCAGAUCAUGGAGGCGGUGCAUGACAUCGAUGGCGGCGACACCAAUAUCGCCCGGAUCCUUUGUGAGCAAGCAUACUCUAUCGCUGCAAAUCUGGAUCCGAGCAGUAGUGAUGGGCUAGGUCCUUUAAUGUUCAACACAGCGCUGUCGUCCGUGAUAAGGCAAAAACAUGCACAGAAGGACGGGGGGAAAAUAGACCGACAAAAUGACACCAAGAUUUUGUGGAACUUCUACCUGGAAUAUAUGAGUAUGCUCCGGGCUGAUGGCAUGCACGUAGAGCCGUGGAAACUAUGGGAAUCUGGAACUUUUGGUACAGAGAUGGGGGCUAGUGAUAUGAAAAUGGAAAAAGUUUAUGUCACUCUGAGGGCUUUGCUUGGCGCUUUGGAAAUUCUUGUCGAAAAUACACCACCAACUGAUAAACUUGGUAGACAAAUUCUGGAUGAGAUAAGGAGAGUAAAAGAAUCUGCUGCAUGCUCCAGUACAGCAAGAUACAGGAUGUACCACAUAAUGCCUGAGGACAGCCAGGACCCGACUAAUCUGCCCCUAACGCUGCUAAAGGACAUCACAGAUGAUUUCAGUGAUGAGCGAGAAAUCGGCAGGGGUGGGUUUGCGGUUGUUUACAAGACUACAUUUCUUAUGAGUGUUAAACACAAAAAUGUGGUGCGGUUUCUAGGAUUUUGCGCUCAUACAGAGCAUAAAGUGAUGAAGUGGGAAGGACCAGAGAAAUAUAUUUACCCCGAAACGAGAGAAAGGUUGCUCUGUUUCGAGUAUAUGAGAAAAGGAAGCCUUUCUAACCAUGUUACCGAUGAAUUAAGGGGACUUGAAUGGCAUACACGUUUUCAAAUAAUUAGAGAACUUUGUGAGGGUUUGUGUUAUCUUCACAAGGAAAAUAAUAUUAUCCAUAGGGAUCUUAAACCUGCUAAUAUACUCCUAGAUGAUCUCAUGGUACCAAAGAUUGCUGACUUUGGUAUAUCAAAGUUCCUUGAAGGAGUUACACAUGCUACCACUAGUAACCUUGCAGUAUCACUAGGAUACUGCCCUCCUGAAUUCCUACGCUUUGGCAAGGUUUCCUUGAAGACGGAUGUAUAUAGCUUGGGUGUUAUAAUAAUAGAGAUUGUGACUGGUUACAGGGAAGACCCGAGCAUUAAAAAUAUACUUAGAAGAUGGAGGUACCGGUGGAACAAAUCGGGGAAUUAUAGACCAAUAGCAGAAGAACAAAUACAAAAAUGCAUCAAUGUAGCAGUAAGGUGCAUGGCAGAAAAUCCGAAGAGAAGACCUUACAUAUGGAAUAUAGUCGAUGAUCUUAGAGAAGUGGAGCCUACGAUUGGGCACAUCAAUUUUCGAAGUGCCCAUGAUUCUACAGCUAGCCAGAUUAGCCCUUGCCCCAUGGAGAUGCUUGGAAUCGAGCCGCUGGAACCUCAUUUCCCAUUUGAGCCAAACAAACAGAGAACAUGCUCACUGGAGCUAACCAACGAGAGGGAUGAUACCAUCGGCUUCCGCAUCGACACCAGUGGGCCACGGAGGUACCAUGUAAAGCCAAACAAAGGUGUCGUGCCGCCACGAUCCAAGUGUACUGUCUGCAUAACAGUUCAGGCAAAUGAGAAGACACCGCAAGGCACGCUGUGCAAAGACGAGUUCGUCGUGUGGAGCACAAGCGUGGAUGACGGUCUCGCAGCUGAGGAUAUCAUCGAAGGCAUGUUCGACGAAGAGGGCGGUAAAGAGGUUGAUGAGGUGAAUCUAUCAGUCUUUUUUGACCCACCACCAUUCACGUAA